UUUGAAAGACAUCUACGCAUGCGCUAAGGUUACCAUGCAAUGCAUGUAGUAAAGUCAAAUGGAGCAAAAUCAACCGAAAAGUAACUACUUUUAUCCGUGAAAAAGCCUCAAGGUUACCCUAGUUCUAUAUCUUUAGAGACCGGGAUAACCUGAUGUUAUUAACAUAAUGGCAACUCCAGCUAUUCGGAUGUUUCGGAAAAUAGAGGGUUUGUUUUGUGUUUACAAACCCGCUGGUGUCCACUGGAAACAAGUACGUGAUAGCAUCGAGACAAGUCUUCUAAAAGGAUUGAAUGCUACACCGUCCCAGCCACUUCCUACGGAGGUGCGCUUCUUGGCACUCCCAGUCAGUGAGGCUGAAGCACCCAAAGGACUCGCCCUGUCUGCAGCCUCUGUGCCAGUACUGUCCAAGCAUCCUCUGGGAUUGAAUGCUACACCGUCCCAGCCACUUCCUACGGAGGUGCGCUUCUUGGCACUCCCAGUCAGUGAGGCUGAAGCACCCAAAGGACUCACCCUGUCUGCAGUCUCUGUGCCAGUACUGUCCAAGCAUCCUCUGGUGAUUGGACCUGAAUUUCAGAAUAUAAAAGUUGGAGUAGGACAUCGCCUGGAUACAUCCUCUUCUGGCGUUCUGGUUCUUGCUGUUGGUAAUGGAAACAAGGCCCUGAAUAAUCUCUUCAAUACACGAGUCACAAGGGAUUACACGUUGGAGGGGGAAUUUGGGACUGCAACAGAUGAUUUCUCUCACACAGGCAGGAUUGUGGAAAGAUCAACAUACGGUCACAUCACAAAGGAUAAGCUGGAAAGAGUCUUGGCGAUGCUACAGGGAGCCAAUCAAAAGGCCUUGUUAUUGUAUUCAAACGUAGACAUGCGUUCGCAGGAAGCCUAUGAGAUGGCUGUGCAAGGUUUACUUGGUCCAGAUGGGAAAUCGCUGCCUAUUCUGACAGGCUUACGCUGCAUUCACUUCGAGCCCCCCAACUUCACUUUAGAGGUGCAGUGUAUUAAUGAAACUCAGAAAUAUUUGCGCAAAGUUGUGCAUGAGAUAGGACUGGAGCUGCGCAGCACAGCAGUGUGUAGGGGAGUUAGGCGGACCAGAGACGGCUCCUUCACCCUGCUGGAUGCGCUGACCCGGCACCACUGGGCGGCUUCUGAUGUUAUACAGGCCAUCGGGAAAAAACGCUCCUCUAAAAAAAAAUCAAAAACACAGACCAAGGACUCGCCGUUGCAACUAUCAGAAGAGAGUACGACAGUCAACCAAAUGAAACCAGUGAGGGAGCAACAGUAGAAGAAAAAAUAACCUGUUGCUGUGAGCAGCAGGUUAUGCAAGUCAAAUAACUGCUUCACUGUGACUCUAUGAGCCUGGCCUUCAGCCUUCAGUAGGAAAGAGAUAUGAAAGACCACAGAUCCUGGUUCCUAAAAGAAGUAGUAAAUUGGACAUAAUAACUCAUUACACUAUGCUUUUGUUUAACAUUCAAAUGUCCAUCCAUCUACAGACACACUUGCUGGAUCUCAAAUAUGAACUGUCUAAUAUUUUCACCAUUGUUAAGUGUAAGUUAUUCCCAAAUUGCAUUUGCUUUAUUUUUGUCAUGAAAUAAAUAAUAAAAAUAAUUAUUUGACUAACA